AUGGCAUUCUUUCUUCCUCUUGUAUUGUUUUUCUUUGCCAGAGUUUGCGCCAUCCAACCAGUCUUCGUCAAACAUUACUGCUUGUACGAUAGAGGGAACUUUGCCAGCAACAGCACGUAUAAGGCCAACCUCAAUCAUGUCCUCUCCUCCAUUGCCAAUGCCAAAGAUACUGGCAGUGGCUUUUACACUUCUUCCUAUGGGGAAAACUCAGACAAAGCCAGUGCUAUUGGCCUCUGCCGAGGCGAUGUGAAGUCUGAUGUAUGUCGAAGCUGCCUCAAUGACUCUAUAUAUCUUCUCACACAGCUAUGUCCUCGGCAGAAAGAAGCAAUUGGGUGGUUUAAUAACUGCAUGCUGCGCUAUUCAAGCCGUUCCAUAUUUGGUGCAGUGGAAACUGGACCCCAUUUCCUCUCGUGGGCGGCAAUCAAUAUAACAGAGGAAGCUCUGUUCAGCCAGAAGUUAAAAACGUUGCUAGAUAGCUUGAAGAACAAUACCUCUUCAGGUGGUUCUAUAAAGAAGUAUGCAACUGGAAACAUAGGUGCACGCGGGUUAUGGACUAUAUAUGGGCUUUUGCAGUGCACACCUGACCUGUCGCAGCUACAAUGUGAUGAGUGCUUAAAGUCAGCGUUACAAGCAUUCCCACCAUGUUGUAGUGAAGGAACGACAGUUUUUUUACCUAGCUGUAACGCCAGAUAUGAACUGUACCUCUUCUAUGACCCUUCUGCCGAGUCACAACCACCACUGUCGGUAGUAUUUUCUCCUUCAACUAGUACCAAGUCUACAGAGGGAAAGAAGUUCAGAAUACGAACUGUCAUUGUGAUAGUUCUUCCAUUUGUAGCACUUUCGCUGUUAUUGACCAUUGGCUUCUAUAUCUUUUUGAGAUCCAGAAAGUUGAGGGAAAGACUUGAAACUACUGAUGAUGAUAUUAACUCUAUGGACUUCUUGCAAUACGACUUUAAGACGAUCAAAGAUGCAACAGAUGACUUCUCAACUGUCCAUAAACUUGGACAAGGUGGAUUUGGCAUCGUUUAUAAGGGUAAACUUCUCAAUGGACAAGAAGUGGCUGUAAAAAGGCUAACUCAAGGUUCUCAACAGGGAGACCUCGAAUUUAAGAAUGAAGUUUUAUUGGUUGCUAAGCUGCAGCACCGGAAUCUGGUUCGACUUCUUGGCUUUUGUUUUGAGAAAAGUGAAAGACUCCUAAUCUACGAGUUUCUACCUAAUUCAAGCUUAGAUCGUUUUAUAUUUGAUCCAAUGCAGCGCCAAUAUUUGGACUGGCCAAGACAUUACAAAAUCAUAGUAGGCAUCAGUCGUGGUCUCAUGUAUCUUCAUGAAGAUUCUCGAUUCAAAGUCAUCCAUCAUGAUCUUAAAGCUAGUAAUAUAUUACUAGAUGCAGAACUAAAUCCAAAAAUUAAUGAUUUUGGAAUGGCAAGAUUGUGUUCGUUCGAUCAAUCCAAUGGUGAUACAAGUAAAAUUAAAGGAACAUAUGGAUACAUGGCCCCAGAGUAUGCAUUGUAUGGGCAUUUCUCAAUAAAAUUAGACGUUUUUAGUUUUGGUGUGUUUCUUCUAGAGAUCGUGAGUGGCCAAAAGAACGGUAGCUUUCAAAAUGGCGAAAAUAUAGAGCAUCUUUUGAGCUAUACAUGGGAAAACUGGACGAAAGGAACAAUUACAAAUAUCAUAGACCCAAUAUUGACUGGAACUUGCAUUGAUGAAAUCAUAAGAUGCAUUCAUCUAGGGUUAUUAUGUGUUCAAGAAGAUGCAGCUAGCAGACCAACCAUGGCUUUAGUUCUUCUCAUGCUGAAUAGUUACUCCUCUCUUCCUGUACCAUCACGGCCUGGAUUUUUGCUGCAAAGUAAAUCAUCAAACAUUGCACAGCAAUUUAAUUGCACAGAAGGGUCCCAAUCUAGCCUAGCUUCGAGCAUUUGUAUUGAAGAAGAAUCAUCAAACCAGUUUAACUCAAUUUCUUGAGACUUGGAAUGAGGAAACAACCUCAACUUAACAUUUGUGUAAACAGGCAAUACUGUUCUUAUUUUCAUCUGCAUAAAUCUUUAGUCCAUGUCCAUGUAUAUUAACAGAAUAAAACCGAAC